AUUGUGAAAAAUCGAAUUGAGUAAAAAAUACUUAAAUUAUACAAAAAUUUUCAUACUGAACGGUAAUUCGUUACAGACAUUUAGGUAAAAAAGGUUCUCUCAAACAAAUAACAAACGUAACUUUUAAUAUAAAACUUUCAUGACUCGGUUGUUUUAUCAAACGUUUUAAUACGUUAAAAAUGGAAGUUGAGCCAAAAAUUGUUUAUGAAAAAAGCGAUGGAGAGAUAUCAUCGGAUCCUGAGGCUAUUGAAUACAAUCCAUUAGAAAGACCCGUACUUCAACAACCGAAAGAAAAUCCCGUCACACAAACGUAUAACUCUGACGAUGAUGAAAUAUCAAAUCAAAGUGAAUCAAGUCAAUCUGACAGUGAUUGUGGCAAUCGUCGACAACCAAAGCGUGCCAAAUUAAAACCGAAAAAUAUACGACAUGUAAAUAAAAGACAUAAUAAAUAUAGCGUUUGGAAUGCUAGGGCUCAAGAGGAUUUACUAACCGAGACGAUGAAUAGCUGUGAUGUAACUAAAUUAGAUCGAAGCCGUGACGUUGAAACGUAUACUUUUCCCAAUAGAAGUCUAAAGCGAACAUUUAAAGAUCGAUCAAACGUUCAUUUACGACUUGGUAAGCGAGUUUUUACUGAAGAAGAAGAGGCAAAAAGUAGUGCUCCUAGACAUUUACUCGAUUUGACUGUAACUGUAGAUAGUGCAGACGAUGAAGUAGCUACAGAUAUUUCAAAUAAGCUUUAUGAAGAAAAAGAUGAUAUUUUAAAAAAUUUGAUAGCAACCGCUGGUAAAGCCAAAGCAAUUGAAUUAUUUAAUGAAACGAAAAAAAUUGAGGCCGAUGGUGGAAUGUUAAUAAUGAAUCAAAGAAGAAGACGUACACCUGGAGGAGUUUAUUUCUUUUUAGUAAAACGUGACGAUGAUAUUACCGAAGAACAAAAAAGAGAUAUAUUUAGAGAAGACAAAGCGAAAUUGAAUCGAGAAAGGAAGAAAAAUCGUAAAUCUAAAGCAGGAAAUUCAUCAAACAAAAAUAAAAAUACAGAUCAAACUAAUUUACCGAAUUUAUUAACACGAGCUGAAAUAGAAAUAUCAAAAGGAAAUCGUACACGAAAGGAUAGUGACCAUACGGAAAACGUUAGUAAUCCACCGCCAUCACCCGUAACCGAUGGUCGAGAAAAUAGUAGUGAUGAAAUGACGGAUCAUAUUGAAUCGUCAACUGUUUUUCCAACGAAUAAUACCACAGCGACAGCACCACCGCCUUCUUCAGAUCGAAAUUUACAAGCUUACGAUGAUGAUUUCCUUGAAAUUGGAUGUUCUGGCGAUAUGGAUUUUUUUUCAUAAAAUUUUCAUUUUUGUAUCCAAAUAUUUAAUACUAUUUUUAAGAAAUAAAAUGAAAUAUUUUUUUUACGGAUAGUCAAGCAUCUGAAAA